UAAUUCCUUAUGUUGACCCAAAAACUUUUAGCAGAAGAAGUAAUGACAAUACAUUAACAAAAUUUAAACUAAACGAAAAGAGCGACUUUUACAGUGUUGGCGUACUUUUAUGGGAGCUAUCAAGCGGUCGACCUCCAUUUUAUGUUAAGGAUGAAGAAUACAACAUAAGUUUAACCAUCGAAAUUUUAGGAGGACUUAGAGAAAAGAUAAUUCCCGACACACCCGAAGAUUAUUUGAACAUUUAUACUGGUAUCAUUAAAUUAAAUGCAAUUAUUGCAAUAACAAGCAUAGCAAGCAUAGCUGAAAAUAAUCAAUCGAAUAACUAUAAAUCUAAUCUUCAGCAACAUUUUUGUGUAACAUAG